UAACACAGUGUGCGUGGUAUGGAUUUAUUCUACAACAUUUUUGCACAUCAUAAUUAAUCAAUAUGUAUUUUAAAAGAUUUCUAUGAAAUUUAGUAACUUUGAAAUAAUCUCUUUAGUCACAACACAAGCAAGUUUUUGGAACAAAUACAGAUACUGAAACUUUUACUAAGAGAAUUUCCUGUCUGAGAUAGGACAGGCAUUGCCUACUUUGCUAUUUUGUUCUCUCUGGUGAGCUCAUGAGAUCAUAUGGUAGCAUGCACAUUGCACAUUGACAGGUUUAUGUGGUUUUCAUCAGAUCUUUGUGCAGGGUUCCUACUUUGAUUGUCACACAGUCAAAGUUUCUGUCUUCGUAGCAGAUUUUAUUACUUUGUCAAAUUCAACUUUGUUGUCACCCCUAUCUUACCUUGCUUUUGCUUGAAGCCAAAUCUGGAAAUUGAAUGAUUUAUAUACCAGGGGCUUUGUUCUUGUCCUUAAACAGAAGGCGGGUUCCACCAAUGUAGCAGUAAAACAUUUAUGUCCCCACCAGACAAGGAAUAACAAUACACACAUGGACACGUUCAGUUGUUGCACUUCCAACUCUGAUGCUUAUGUUUAGUUUUGACAAUAGUGGAAACUGGCUGGUUGGUUCUCAGCGUCUAAGGGUAAGGCUUUUAACAUUUUUUGCAAUUGUGAAAGUAUUUGUAAAGUAUCAGCUUUUAUUAUAGGUUAUGUUCCUGGCUGCCACUCCCUCACUGUCACUACUUGUACUUCUCCUUUCUCAUCUCUCCCGUGGCCGUCCUUGGCGUCUCAUUGGAUUAACGUCGCUUAGCAUCAGAGCCUACUCAGCUUGGUGUUGUUUUCACUCAAUACACAUUAGCCUAGCGUCAGUGUGGCUUUCAUCCCCAGCUUGUUCUAUUAGCUCUCUCUAAUGGUGCUCUGUUAAUCGCUUCAUGAAGAAUGUGGCGGCCCCGCUACCGGCCUUUCUGCAUGACUGGUCCAGGUUAUUACUCCAAAGAGACGCUGAUACUGUCAAUAUGAGCAAGAUGAUGCUGCACUUUGAGAUACAUGGAAAGCUGUGUGAGAGUCCACAUUCAUCCAUGUCUCGGUCGGUCUCUAAUGGAAGAUAAAGCAUUGACCAAGUCUGCCAUGGUUUCAAGACUGCCCAAGUUUGGUGGGCGCUCUGGAAGUGGUGGAGCUGGACAUUUGUCCAAUGGUUCAUCUACCCAGGAGGUCAAGACGUCUCCUGCUGGAACGCGGCCAAAUGGUGCUAUUCGAACCUCUCCUUUUUCUUUGAAAUGGAAGAAAGAGGAAGGGACAGCACCUUUUAGCCUUACCAGCCCUACCAGUCCCGUGGAGGGCAGUAAGGACAAGUCUAGACAACUUCCCUCACCGGGGACGCCAAUAAUGCGGAGGUCAGGUGCAUUGGCGGUGGCUGCCGCAAGCCCUAAGGCCAUUCCAAAGCAGUGCUUAAAAAUAGCUCCAAAAGACAGCAUCAAGCUCGGUCAAAGUUCUCUCAACGGCACACCUAAAACAGACCACACUGACACAGAGUCCCGCCUUGUACGGCCCAAGUUAUCUUCUGUCUCAGCAAUAAGUAGUUCCCAAGACCGACUUUCUCAGUCUAGCGAAAGCCUGAAAACCCUGGAACUGGAGAAGAUGGUGCGCUCACACAGCUUCACGCACUUCAAGCAGAUUCCAUCUCCCAACAGCCAGCCCAUGAUACGUUCCUUUUCCUUUAACCGGGCUGUGGAACUAGCCAAACCUCUGGUCAACACUCAACUCCGACCGCCUCGAAGCAGUCUGCUCAAACCCCCAAAACUUGGCAAUGGACGAUUAAGUUUAGGACUCGGAGGUUUGCGUGUUGGCCAUGGAGGUUCUGGAUCUUGUGGUGGAGUUCAGUACAACCAAACAUCUCCAGCUUCAUCCUCACUACCCACGCUGUCAGCUCCCUCAACCCCGAGUGCUUUGAAAAAGCCUAUGCUCUCCACUUGCGGUUUGAAGAAGUUAUUGGGGAAUAGUAGUGGAUCUCUGGGCUUCAGGCAGGCAAACGCUGCAAAGGCCAAGCAACAAAAAAAUGUAAUUUCUGGUUGUGUUCAAGAAACUGGCAAACCUUCAUCCAUCUCUCCAUAUGGAGAUGCUGAUCCUAUUGGCUAUAGUGAAGAAAGAGACAGUCACAAUAACAUUUAUCAAUGUUCUACCGGUGGACGACAAAAAGAAGAGACUGUCAUUUCACAAAGCUCAAAUCAGGCAGCAGUAGAUUUUCAGGAAGACAUGUCCUUGUCUUCUGCUUCAUCCUUAGACAGAGGGAAUACCAGUGAAGAGUUUCUAGAUGACUUGGACAGUGUAGGGGAUGUAUUUAGUGAUGGUGACCCUCCUCCAAACCCUGACAACAAAAAGAAAGAUGACAAUCUCAGUGAGACCAGGGACUGGGAUCUGGAAGGCCCUAUGCAGGACUCCCAGGGACCGAUCGGGAGGUGUCCGGAGGAUGUGGAUGUCUGCCUGGCUUCUUCUUUGGAGCUGUCCCCCUCCAACAGCUCUGGGGGAACCUACAUGUGGGAUGAAGAAGGUCUGGAACCCCUUGGUGGACCUGGGUCGUAUUCAUCCAAGCUCUAUGACGACUCUGACCUCAACAGCAUUGAUAUACUAAACAACCUGCACACCCCAGGGGCCGUAGAAGUGGAUGACAAUGACCUCAUGCUGGAUUUGGAACUUCCAGAGGAUUGUGUACAUGACUUUAACACAAUGUCCAAUGGUGAAAGCGUGCCCCGUAGACAGGGACAACGGCGUCAGAAUCACCGCUGGAAUCGACCAGACCACUUAGCCAACGAUGGCAGGGCACCGUUCUUCCACCACUACGAUGGUCUCAAGUCCUCGAGGAUGUAUUUACAGGCUGUCCCUUCAGAAGCAAAGGAACAGAGUCACGUGCCCGUGCCUGAUGAGCUUUCACUGGACCAUAUGAGCCAAGACUGCAGCUUGGUCAAGAAUCAGCUGCUCAGACUGAAAAACCUACUGCAGCUUGAGGAUACAGACUCGACAGCAGAUGUUCCAGGGGAUACCAAUACUGCAUCCCAGGUUGAAGAGCUGCUGAAGGAGGUGCACAUGCUCCGAGACGAACUUCGGAGUCGAGACAAAACCAUUGUUCAGCUUACUCUGCAGUGUCAGCACCAUCAGCGGGAACAAACGGUUGCUCAACAAUGUCAGGUGCGUUGCCAUUGCCAGCAGCAGAGGGCGCCGUCGCUUUUACGACAGCCAGGGGACAGGAGACUGCAGCGCCCAUGCGACAAGGCCACCCAGACCUACUGGAGAACCCCCAACCACACAGGUGUGCUGCCCACCCCCUCGCUGCCCCCGUGGCAGGCACAGCACCAGGCCUUGACCUGUACCGGCAUGCCCCAGCGCAGACAGAGAGUGGAACACCUAGUGCAGUACUUCACUGACCGGGCAUGCUUCAAAUACCUUUCAACAUCAGCGAGUGUUUCCGCCCGGGAAGACCAGUAAAAGCUCUCCCCACCGUGGACCGCAGUGAACAAACGAGGGAUGCAGGGGCCUGUUUGGAUUCAGACGCUCCUCCUGAUGGGCGAGCAUCAGAUGUGUCGGCCGCAGCAGACCCGCUGAAGCUGAGUCACCGUUGCAGCAUUCAGUGUCAAAGCUCGGG